AUGCUAGAUAACCACAAGAACCAAGAGAACCACAAGAAGCACGAUAACAACAAGAACCACGAGAACCAGAAGAACCACAAGAACCACGAGAACCAGAAAAACCACGAGAACCACGAGAACUGCGAGAACCACAAAAACCACGGGAACCACGAUAACAACAAGAAGCACGAUAACAACAAGAACCACGAGAACCAGAAGAACCAGAAGAACCAGAAGAACCACGAGAACCAGAAGAACCACGAGAACCACGAGAACCACAAGAACCACGAGAACCACAAGAACCACAAGAACCACGAGAACCACAAGAACCACGAGAACCACAAGAACCACGAGAACCAGAAGAACCACAAGAACCACGAAAACCACGAGAACCACAAGAACCACGAGAACCGCGAGAACCACAAGAACCACGAGAACCUGAAGAACCACGAGAACCAGAAGAACCAGAAGAACCACGAGAACCACAAGAACCACGAGAACCACGAGAACCACGAGAACCACAAGAACCACGAGAACCACGAGAACCAGAAGAACCGCGAGAACCAGAAGAACCGGAAGGACCAAAAGGGCCAAGAAGGCCAACAACUUUGUAUCACUGAACUUCAAUACAGACCAACAACUUUAUUUGUAGAAAAAUAUAUUAAUUAUGUGUUCAUGUGUGACGUAAGUCAAAGAUGUGUGACGUAA